AUGCCUGAGGCAAUGAUUGAGAGAGUUCCCAUCCUUCGUAAUGGUGGCAGAGGCCGCGGCCGCCGCAACUCCAAUGGCGGCAACACCAGCGCCAACAGGAAUAACAACCAGCGCGAAGAUGAUGGCUCCCCCAGCAGGAAACGAACUGCCUUUGAUCCAUCCGCGAUCAAUCCUCAGACAUACCAACCCGAUGCAACACAAAAGGAAUCACGGUGGCCCCACUGCAAGCCGCCCGAAUUUCCUACAUGGCACCACUCGACGCUCCAUGAGGCAUACCACCGUACCGUCAACAAAGUAGGAGAGGAAUUCAUCAAAGCCUUGCGGCACACCAGCGCAACAAGGACACUCUCGACGCAACAGCCUCAGCCACCUGUGGCACCUGCUCAGCCAACAACACAUGCGCCUGUCCAGCCAGCAGAACCGCCGGCUCCCCACCUGCAGGGGCCCUAUUCCAUCGACCAACUGACUGCUGUCUCCAGCCACAGCGACCUCGAGGCCACCCAGGAGCACAUCCAGCGAUGCCUAGCACGAGGCGCUAGUGCCGAGUCCUUCGAGGACUACAACGAAGCCAAAGAGAGAGCACAGUCUCAGCUGGAACAAGACCAUGACGCAGCAACUACCUACAAACUAGCAAUGGAAACAUAUCAACAGGCACUGGCACAGUACCAAACCCAAUGGAAUCAAUAUCAGCAGGAGCUCCAGCAAUACCAGCAGGCCCUCCAGCAACACCAGCAGGCACUGCAGCAGUUCCAGCAGCAGAUAAACAACAAUAUCAGCAACAAGCCCAACAGCCCUCCAUCCCGAGUUGGCCAAGCUGGAGAGACUCAUCACUAG